UUUGUUUUUCAGCUUGUCCAGGAGUUCAAUACCCAGGUGGCUCUCUAUCGGGAGCUGGUCAUUUCUAUUGGGGAUGUCUCACUCACCUGUCCUUCUCUGCAUGCGGAAUUGCACAAAACUCGAACCCGAGGAUGUGAGAUGGCCUAUCAGGCUCAUCAAAAACUAGCAGCAAUUUCUGGCCCAGAAGAUGGUGAAAUCCAUCCUGAAAUCUGUAGACUAUAUAUCCAGUUGCAGUGUUGCUUAGAAAUGUACACAACAGAAAUGCUGAAGUCCAUAUGUCUGCUGGGAUCACUGCAGUUUCACCGGAAAGGAAAAGAACCUUGUGGCCCACCCAAGAACUUAGAUACUAAAGUGGAGGAAAGUUCUGAAGUACCUAUUUUAGAAGACACGUCAUUAUCACCAACAGAUAUUCAACAGCAUCUAUGGCAGGUUUCCACAGAUAUUGAAAACACUGAAAGAGAUAUGAGAGAAAUGAAGAACCUUUUAAGUAAACUCAGGGAGACUAUGCCUUUACCACUGAAAAAUCAAGAUGAUAGCAGCCUCCUAAACUUGACUCCUUACCCACUGGUAAGAAGACGGAAGCGAAGAUUCUUUGGAUUGUGUUGUCUUGUCUCAAGUUAGAAGAUUAAGCACAGGAGUACCAUGGAGAUCAUGACUUUGAUUAAACCACUAUUAUUUGAUGACUGAAAAGAUGAAAGUGGCUAAUAUUGAUUAUAAAGUAUAUUUUCUACACUAAGCUAUUAAUUUUUGCCUUCUGCUCCAUCCUCCUUUUCAGAUAAGGGUUUUAAUACUUUCAAGUCUUGAAAGGCUGUGUAACAGAUCUAGCAUAUGUAAAACUUUUUAAAGUAUGUUUUGCAUGCUUACUUUCAGUCACUCAAAGAAGACACAAGAAUUAUGGUUCAUAGAUAAUUUUAGAGGGUUUUUUAAUUGUUUGAGCCACCGGUAAAAGUUUGUGCAUAGUACAGUACUCUUACUAGUAUCAUAUUAAAAUCAUACUCUAACAGUCUUUAAGCAUAGAAGAAGAACAUUUGAUUAUUCUCUCACAGUCUUUAAGCAUAGGAAACUAUUUAAGAGCAAAACUAUUAAGGUUCUAAGACAUUAAAACAAUAUUGUAACAGAAUUUAUAAAAUAUAAUCCAGUUGCUUUUUGUGCUCUCAUUCAUAUUUAGUCUUCCACUGUAUCUCAACUUCAAAGCUUUAUAGAAGAAUACCUUAAUUUAUUAUACAAAAACCAUAUAUGAAAAUAGUUAGGAGUUGUAAAUACAGAGAAAUCAUAAUAUCCUCAAACUGUACAAUGCUUAGAAGCAACAGAAUUCCUUUUAAGCCAAUAGUAUAUCUACAAGCUUUUCGGAAAAAAAAAAAAAGUAAUUUAUUAAAAGAAGGUGUAUUAAAAUAAACAAUGUAAAACACAACACCAACCCAUUUUGUUGCCAGUAGAACUCAAAGCAUGGUGUCUGCAUAUCACUAAGUAUUGAUCUGAUAAGGCAUGCCAAAAUUAUCUCAGACUGUAAGAUAUUAAACGUUUUACAUUGUUAAUAAAGUUUUUUAUUUAAAUUAAACGUUGUCUUGUUUCUAGUUGUA